AUGGCGUAUAACGGCCAGUACGAUGGGCCCCCUGGCCCUGGUGGGCGUCAGCAGUAUGGCGGAGGCCCAGGAGCUCAGCGCCCGCCGCCGCAGCGACAGUACCCUCCGGGUCCUCAAGGACCCCAGCAUUACAACGCGCCGCCGCCCCAGCAGCAGUACGAUCAGUAUCAAGACGGAUAUGGCCAAGGCUACGAUGAAUAUGGCAACGGAUACGACCAGGGUUAUGAUCAUCAAGGCUAUGGCGGACAACAGUACGAUGACGGCGGCUACGGAAGAGGAGGACCUCCACAUCAAGACUAUCAGCAGGAAUACUACGAUCCGGGUCCAAAUGGACCUGGGCCCGGAAGGGGAGGCGGACGACCUAUGCCCAGCGGAAGAGGAGGCCCAAUGAGGCCUCCGCCUGGCGGUGGUGGUCGAGGAGGCGGUUACCCACCCCGCGGUGGCGGCUACCCUCAAGGCCCUGGCGGCCGAGGCUACCCCCCGCCCGGUCGUGGUGGUCGGCCAAUGCCGGCUGAGCGUGCCGCGAAUUCAGACCCCGGUGCAAACCGAGGAUCGCCCAUGGGUGGUCCAAGUCCGGCCAAUUCCGGUGGCCCAGGCUACGCCGGCCCCUUCCCGUCCUUCCCCGGUGCCCCGCGCAAGACAGACUUAGAACAAGAACAGCAGAUCGUGGCAGGUAUGGAAGGUAUGGACAUAUCAGGACAACGGCCAGGGCCGAGAGGUCCGAACGGCCCGCCACAGCAACGAGGGCCCAUGCGCCCUCCCAACAACUACGGCGGACCGGGGCCGAUGGGGCCUCCUCGUGGUCCACCGCAAGGCUACCACCCGCAAGAUUAUCCGGACCAACGCCGCGGCCCUCCGCCGCCAGGGCCCGGGUACGGACCGCAAGGAGGCGGCUACCAAGAGGAGAACUUUGGGCCUCCGUCUCGGAGCAUGACAAUGCCAACGAGAGAUCACAUGGACAUGCGCCAGCCCGGUCCUCCUAUGCGGCGGGAUAGUGCCCCUUUUAAUGGCCCUCCUCCCCGCGGCGUGCCGCAAAGACCGAGCACCGCGCAAGGGAUGCGGCAACCUCCGCCUAGGAUCUACCCUCCGAGUGGCAAUGGCCCUCCUCAGCAAGAAGGAUAUCGGGAGCCUACGCAGAGAGCCGGGCCCGACUCUGGCUACGGCCAAGACCGGCCUUCAUCUAUCGACAAUUUCUAUGAUUACUACGGCGGAAAUGAAGGGUACCCGGGGCAGAACCCUCCCUCAGCUUCGGCCGCAUCCGAGGUUCCGGAUUUUGAUGCCAUGUCAGCGCAACAGCAGCCGAGAAACUCAUUCGACACCCACAUGCAGCCUGGCCAACAGGAGCAGGCUCAGCGCGGUCCCGGUAGAUAUCCCGAGGUAAGCAGGGCCAAAUCCCAGCCCGACUUGCGUAACUCGCAGACGGCUGUGUUCGAGAUGGCAGGCGACAUCCCGCCCCUACCUACCCAACAACCCGGCCAACCACCAGCAGGGUUGGCUAACGGGCCGGCGCCUUACCAAGGGCGUGCCGGUCCGUCUCCAGGUCCGGGACUACCUCCUGGGCCGGCGCCUUACCGACCCGGUAUGCAACCUUCGCCCCAACCAGGGCCCGGUCCCGAUAGUCUUCCCUCCCAUCCCACGCCCGUUCGCCCCGGGCACAUGCCUGGCUCGGUGGUCAACCUUAGCGAUCGGCCGCCACCGGUGAGGAAUUACAGCGGCGCCACCAACUACAGCGGCAACUCGGGGCCCUCUCCUGCAGGAGGAGGAGGCUACCAACAAGGCCCGCCGCCUAUUCAACAGGCUCCCAAUGAGCCUGCGAAGCCUGCGGAAGCACCCGUCACCAUCGAAGAACUAGAACACUUACGGGCCGUGGUCAAGAACGAUGCCGGUGACCAAGUGACGGCCCUCCGUCUCGCCAAGCGCCUCGUCGAAGCGUCGGAUGCGCUUGUGCCCAAUCUCCCAGACCCCAAGGCGCGCGCCCGCUCCCGCGACCGCUACCUCGUAGACGCGCACAAGAUCCUCCGCAAGCUCGAAAAGGCCAACAACCCGGACGCCAUGUUCUUCCUCGCCGACUGCCUCGGGCGCGGCCUCUUUGGCAGCGAGCCCGACAACGCGCACGCCUUCUCGCUCUACCAGUCCGCCGCCAAGCUGGGCCACGCCGCAGCCGCCUACCGCACCGCUGUCUGCUGCGAGAUCGGCAACGAUGAGGGCGGCGGCACGCGCAAGGACCCGCUCAAGGCCACGCAGUGGUACAAGCGGGCGGCGACGCUCGGCGACACACCCGCCAUGUACAAGGUGGGCAUGAUCCUGAUCAAGGGCCUACUGGGGCAGCCGCGCAACCCGCGCGAGGCCAUCAGCUGGCUCAAGCGGGCGGCGGAGCGCGCGACGGCCGAGAACCCGCACGCGCUGCACGAGCUGGCCCUGCUGUACGAGAGCGCCGAGCCCAACGACGUCAUCCUGCGCGACGAGCCCUACGCCUUCCAGCUGUUCCAGCAGGCGGCCGAGCUGGGCUACAAGUUCAGCCAGUUCCGCCUCGGCUGCGCCUACGAGUACGGCCUGCUCGGCUGCCCCAUCGACCCGCGCCUGUCCAUCAUGUGGUACAGCCGCGCCGCCAUGCAGGAGGAGCACCAGAGCGAGCUGGCCCUGUCCGGUUGGUACCUGACCGGCAGCGAGGGCGUGCUGCAGCAGAGCGAUACCGAGGCCUACCUGUGGGCGCGCAAGGCCGCCAUGGCGGGGCUGUCCAAGGCUGAGUAUGCGAUGGGGUAUUUCACUGAGGUGGGGAUUGGCGUGGCGGCCAACUUGGAGGAUGCGAAGAGGUGGUAUUGGAGAGCGGCUGCCCAGGACUUCCCCAAGGCGAGAGAGCGGCUGGAGGACCUCAAGCGCUCCGGUAAGAGCGGCCCGCGCGCUAGGGAGAGGAUAUCGAGAAGCAAGAUUGGGAAACAGCAGGAAGGGGAGUGCUCGGUGAUGUGA